UCUAGAAAUAAUGGAUUUGACAAAAAACUGAAAGUAAUUCAGAAAGUCUAGGAAAGUCCAUCCUUCUGUGUAGGAUAGAAACUGGUACUGCCUAACUGAACUGUUGAAGUGUAGUGCCUCAUAUUUGGGGUUUCCAGGAUAUUUUGAGCAUUUGUAGUCUGUAAGACCUUCUUACAUGUGAGUACUUGAAUUCUUAGGCUUGUGGCACAGUAUAAAUUCAUCCUUUGCCUUAGCCAAUGUGAAAAGGCUGAAGCAAGACUUUCUCACUGGUUUCUACUUUGCCUUUCUUACUGCCUCCUUUCCUCUCCAAACAUAGUAACAGAGAUCAUGGGGAGCCACACUGUCCUGUAAAUCUUCUUGUAUCUCUUUAUAAUGGAGGCAUCUCUGUUUUGAUUUUCAUACAAUAAUAGAGCUUGGAAGAAAGCUCUGGUCAAGUGUUCCAAUAGCCUGCUUAAAGCAGGACUACCUUUGACUAAUAGAUCUUUUAAGUACGGAGCUGCUGUUCCAACUUUACAAGACCUUCUGAAAAUAAGCAUUUAAAAAACAGUCAGGGUUACUGUGACUGCCUUUGUGUCUAGGGUGAGUAAAAACCACCAGCCUAUGAAUGUCAUUUUGGUGAACUUCAUAAACUGAUUUCUGCUACCUUGCAGCAAGUGGAGCAAACGUUCUUAUCUAUUACAGUCAAAUUUAUGCAGAAUGAAGGAGUCCUAAAUUACUGUGGGACUGUGAUCUUUGCAAAAAAAAAAGCCAAACCAAAAACUACUGCAAAGCCCUGAGAAAAAUUACAUGUUUGUUUCUUAUAGGCCAAGAAAAGUGGACUUGAUUGAUAUUUUUGUGGGGUAAUCAUUAAGUGCCCACUGUUCAAUGUGUCUUGCACUUUCAGAUUGACCUGGGCUGAGGUGUGAAUACACAACCUCACAGCUGGGGCUGCUCUGGAGCCUGCUAAAACCUCAUGGCAUCACCAGAGAGGAACAUGGCUGAACGGAAGAGGAAGCCCAAGUUUUCCAAGGAAGAGCUGGACAUUCUGGUCACUGAGGUGACCCGAAAUGAAGCUGUGCUGUUUGGGAGGGAGACAAUGCGCCUAUGCCAUGCUGACAGGGACAAGAUCUGGGAAGGCAUAGCCAGGCAGAUCACAUCAGUCAGCCAGGUGCCCAGGUCUGUGAAGGACAUUAAGCACAGAUGGGACGACAUGAAGAGGAGGACCAAGGACAAGCUGGCAUUGAUGCAGAGGUCCCUCUCCAGCCCCGGCAGCGCGGGGCGGCCCUCGGCCAUCGUCCUGACCGCCCACGAGAGAGCCAUCGAGUCGGCGCUGCACUCCUCCCGCCAGAGGCACGGCUGCCAGAGAGCCCACCUGGACCUGGCUGACAGCCCAUCAACCAGCUCUGAUGAAGAUGAAGAGAUGCCAGGCACUUCCCAGGAGCAGCGCUUCUCUUCUCUGCAGCGGGCCGGUGCCGGAGUCAGGCCGCUCUCCAGGCCCUCCUUCCGUGGCGCUGGUUCCUCGUCGGAGCCCUCGGAAGCUGGCAGCCACAGGCAGGAGCUGCGCCCUCCAUCCCCGCACGUCUCGGCCUGCAGACCCCCGCACCCCCGCACCGGGAGCCCGCCCCUCUCCGCCUUCGACCGCCAGCUUCUCCAUUGCCAUGCGCAGCAAACAGACCUGUUCCGGCACUUCUGCCAGGAGCUGGUGGCCGUCCACAGGGACAUGGCAGACAGCAUGCAUGCCGUCAGCCAGAGCGUGGCUGGCCUCACCAGCCAGGUCAGCCAGAUGUGUCAGACCCUGGCAGAAAUACGUGAUGGGGUCCGGGCUUUCCGUAGGAUACAAGAUCCUAGUGUCGUGCCAGGGUCCUGUCUGCAAGCACCUUGCUCUAAACAGCCCCCUGAGCCUAGUGCAGAGUCUGACCAAAACUCUCUAAAAUGGACGACUCCUGCACGGGCCACCAGGUCACGAAAGAGAAAACAUCAUUUUUAGUCUGUAUCAUGUAAGCAAGGAUGCCCCUUCCUGAGCUGCUGCAUGUUCACAUGGCUUCUCCAUGUGUAUCACUAUUCUGUGGGGAAGGUCAGCAGCUGACCCGACCCAUCCAUCCAUCCCCCUGCUGGCUAACAGAGCAGUAUGAAUGUGGCAGCUAAUCGUAGGCCUGGCCCUCUGCAAUGGCAAAGGGGAAUCUCAAAUACUGUGGAGCUUGGAAUUAGAACAUCUUUGGGUUCAUAGAGAUUGAGUUUUCACUGGCUUCCCCAUGCUUUAAAUGCUGUAUAAACUAUGAGGUGCAACAGAAAUCAUUAUCUGGAUCUCUUCCUAUGCCUGUGAAAUAUUGUUUACUGAAACAGCAUGCUCCAGAGAUCCCUUUGCAAUCAACUCACAGAUUUAUCCUGCUACUGCAUUCCCAUCAUCUUCCUGAAUAUUAGUAUAUGCAGUAUGUGCAGAAAUACAGCCUUACUACUCUAAAAACUCUUACUGAUCAUUGCUUUUAUCUUUCAUUCAGCAAUAGUGGGCUAUCUGGGGCUUACUGUGAC